GUGACUUCAAUUUGCUGUCAAUCUGGUGAGAACUGAUUCGUCAUGCUUUCAGAGUGUUUCAUUGCAUCCACAGUAGCGUCGGGGAAGACCCCGGCGUCUGCCAGUUUGAGGGAUGUCGGAAUUUGCGUGCACGAGUUUCAGCCCACGCUUAACCUGCGCUCCACCUUCAAGAAGAGCUCGACGGCGGCCAAUUGCCUGGCCGUGAGUCCGUCGCAUGUGUUUGCUGCGCAGUCGGAAAAGGCGAUCGUCCACGUAUAUAGCAGGGAGAAGGGCAACCAGGAGGCCACUGUCCCAUUCCCGGAGCGCAUCCGCAGUCUCGCAGUGGCUGGUGGGAAGAACGGGGAUGUCGUUGUUUUGGGCACAGAAGGUGGCCGUCUCAUUCUGUGGGAGACCUGCACUGGCCGACAAAUAGCAACCACAGCAUCCCAUCUGCGGCCAGUAACCUCCCUGGUGGUUGAUCCUACCUCCAACUUCAUUCUUUCCGGCUCAUCAGAUGCGAGCAUCCACGUCUGGUCCCUCCUGGACCUCCUCUCAUUCACCAAACCCCCGUCUGGUCGUGAUCGCCAAGCCCCAAACUCCCCAAUCCGCACCUUCUCGAACCACCGCGCCGCCAUCACCUCCAUCGCCGUCGGCCACAGCGCCGGCAGAUACAACAUUGCCGUUUCCAUUGCGGAAGACAGCACCGCGAUUGCCUGGGACUAUCGCACCGGCCGGCUCUUGCGCACAUUUCUCUUGUCAGCGAAUGCAACAUGUCUGACCCUCGACCCCGUCGACCGCGCGUUCUACGUCGGCUACGCCGACGGCAGCAUCCAAUCGGUCGACUUCUACAAGAGUCAAUCCGUCCAGCAUCCUCUCCACGACCCCUCCCUGCAUUCGACCCCGGUUCAACCCCCCGCAGAAGACCGAUGGGCGCCGCCAUCUCCCGACAGCGGAGCGGCGCACACGCUCACGCUCUCAUAUGACGGAAUGACCCUGCUAUCCGGCCACCAGAACGGCAAGGUGCUAUCAUGGAACGUGGGCCGGAAGAAGUACGCCUCGACGGUGGCCGAUUACACGCACCCCAUCACCAACCUCCUCAUGCUCCCCCCAAACGGUCUCUUCCAUCCCUCACUCGACCUCACGCGCAUGUCCCACACCAUCGUCAAACCCCGGUACGACCACACGUUAUCUGAAGCAUCCCAAUCAGUGGGCACCGUUCCAGCCGACUACACAUUCAGCACGCAUCUCCUCCCGACUGCCUCCAACCCCUCCUCCACCACCAAACCCAAUCCAUUCACCGAAGCCUUUACCCACGCAUACUUCCCGGAAUCCAUGCUGGAAGAGGGUCUCGCAGAACUCGCCGCCUUCGACCAGGGCACCGCCAACGCCAACGGCAGCAGCAGCAGCAGCAUGACGCACGGAAUCACGGACGAGGAAGUCUUUGCCAAGGACGCGCAAAUCGCACAGCUGGAAGGCGCUCUGACGACUCUGAAGAAGAAGGCCUCAAUCAACGAGACCGCGCGCCAGACGACGACCGACGAGGUGACCAAGUUGCGGGCCGACCUGGCCAAUCUGCAAGACUACAUCCACGAGCUCCACGACAAACAGGAGCAGGCGCAGCGCGAGAAGAUCCUCCGGCAGGCCCGCAAGGCGGAGCGCGAGACUCGCCGUCGGGAGGCCUGGUUCGCCGCGGAGAAGAAGGGAAAGAAGGGGGAUGUGGUGCUGAAGAAGCUGGACGCGGAGGACACGGUCAUGACGAGCGAUAGCGACGAUCAGAGCAGCGAUGAGUAGUAGUCGCUGCUCUUCGGAGUAGUCUAUUCCCGCCCUUCUACCCUACCUACCUAUCUACCUACCUACCUACCUACCUACCUACCUACCUACCUCCCUAACCUAACCUUUCUACAUUCUCCUGUCGUGCAUACAUGGAGGGUCUUUCGUCGAC